AUGGUUCGCUUCGACCCUGGCGAAAAGGCGAACCCUAAAAAUUGGUCCGUCGCCUACCGUUGGUACAUUACCGCAGCGGGAAGCUUGUUGGUCCUCAAUUCGACGUUUGCGAGUUCGGCACCUAGUGGGAUCGUGGCCGAGAUGACGGAGUAUUUCGGGUUCGGAAAAGAGGUUGCUACCUUGACUGUGUCGUUGUUUGUCGCUGGAUACUGUGUUGGACCUCUCCUUUGGGGACCCCUGUCCGAAUCGUUCGGAAGACGUCCUAUCUUCCUUGUCGCUUUCCUCGGCUACAUCGGUUUCCAAGUCGGUUGUGCUCUCAGCAAGAAUGUCGCUUCCAUCUUGGUCUUCCGGUUCUUGGGAGGGACUUUUGCGAGUUGUCCGUUGACGAACGCCGGGGCUUUGUUGGCGGAUAUCUGGGAUGCCGAUCGAAGGGGAAUCGCUAUGGCUUUGUUCGCUUUGGCACCGUUCGCGGGACCUGCCACCGCACCGAUGAUCGCCGGUUAUAUCGCCGUAUCCGGGACGAGCUGGAGGUGGCUCUAUUGGGUCCUGUGUAUUUUCGCCUCGGUCUGCGGUCUCGUCGUCCUCUUCACCAUUCCCGAGACCUACACGCCCAUCUUGCUAGUCAAGAAGGCUCACAUCCUGCGUAAAGAGACCGGGGAUGACCGAUACUGGGCUCCCCUCGAAAGGCGAUCCAAGACGGCGAAAACUGUUUUCCAGGAUGUUAUCGCGAAACCGUUCACCAUCUUGUUCAUGGAGCCCAUGUUGGCUGCCAUUACCGUCUACAUGUCCUUCGUCUACGGAUGUCUAUACUUGCUCUUUGUGGCCUACCCGAUCGUGUUCCAGCAGGGACACGGUUUCAACGCCGGUGCUGGAGGACUCAUGUUCCUGGCUCUGUUGAUCGGCGGUGUGCUCGCGACGACGACGUAUAUCACCAUGUUCGAUCCGAGGUACAAGCGAAAGGUCGCCAAGCAUGCACCGAACGGGGUGCCUCCCGAGGCUAGGUUGGAGAUGACCUUGUUGGUCGCGCCGUUGUUCGCCAUCUCGUUCUUCUGGUUCGGAUGGACAAGUUACCCGAACGUUCACUGGGCUUCUCCCAUGUGCGCCGGUGGCCUUCUCGGAUUCGCCGUCUUAGGUAUCUUCGUCUCGCUCUUCAACUAUAUUGUCGACACAUAUCUUUUCGCUGCUGCUUCGGCACUCGCUGCCAACACCGUCUGCCGAUCCAUCUUCGGAGCUGUUUUCCCGCUCUUUGGCCGUCAGAUGUACGAGGCCUUGAACCCUCGAUGGGCGAGUACCUUGCUUGGUUGCGUCGCCCUCAUCAUGGUGCCGAUCCCCAUCGUCUUGAUCAAAUACGGUCCUUCGCUUCGGGCGAAGAGCAAGUUUUCGCCCGUCAAGUAG